AUGGCUCCACCACAAACCGUCGAAGACGAUCUUAAUAUCUCACGUGUUUUUGUCAAGCCUUACCCAUUUUGGAAGGUCAAUCCCACUUUAUGGUUUGCACAACUGGAGGCCCAGUUUGAUAUCGCCAGAAUCACUGUUGACUCCACGAAGUUCAAUCGUGUGAUAUCUGCAAUCGAAUCCGAUAUUCUAAAUAGCGUUUGUGAUAUCGUUUUGCACCCACCAGAGACUGGCAAAUACGAUGCACUAAAAACACGCUUAAUUGAAUUGCAUUCUGAAAGUGAGGAGUCAAUGAUCCGUACACUUCUUCAGAGGCUAGAACUUAGUGAUCAACGCCCUUCCCAAUUACUUUGCCGUAUGCGAAACGUCGCUGGAGAACCCUUGUUGAAAUCUCUAUGGAUAUCCCGUCUCCCGCAAAAUAUACAGAGUAUUCUUGCUGCCUUAAAAGUGAUGAUCUCCCAAAACUCGCAGUUGUAG